AUCUAGGGAUGUUAUAUGGAUUAGUACAGUGACCAUAUUGAUCAUUUAGCCAGCGAGAAUCAAAGGAAGAAAGGGGCAACUGCGAAGUGAGAAAGCGAGGGUUCAGAGGAACAGGGGACGACGGUGUGUCUCCCGCCGCCGGUCAGUCUUAUAGAGUGUAAUCGCAAUCGGCGCUCACCGCCACUUGACGUGGAGAGAGAGAGAUCGUGUUACUCCUGCAAAAGCCUGUCCAGAUCGCGAAGCAAAGAGAAGCAACAGCCAAGGUCCCAUUUGUCUGCUUGCCCAUCAGCACGCGGCUCUUUGUUCACUGUUCUGCAGUGAGAUCAUUAUUCAUCGGGUUAUUAGAGCUGAUAGAGGACUGGCAAUUUUGCAGCAAAGCAUGGGAGGUAGAGGUGUUAUUGGGGAUAAAUGGUCCAUGAGGAUUCUCUGGAUGUGUGCUCUCGGAAGUGCAGUUGGUUUGUACAUGGUUGCAGUAGAAAGACAAGCACAAAACAGGAAAAAGAUGAUGGCCGAAGGUUUCACGGGUCUGGAUGACGGUGGGGGCGAAGGGGACGAUGUCUAAGCUCUAGUUCUUCUGGUUUGCUAUAGCAACUUUUAUCCGUUUCCCCGAAGAGAACGAAUAAGUCCCUGUAUUUUAGCUGUCUUUCAUCUUUUCUCAGUAGAAGCAAGCAGUUCCAAAUGAUAGCAGGGAUUGACACAUCUGGAAACUAGUACCAUGUUGCAGUCUGACACAAUGAUGUUGGACUUUACAUUGCCCUCGAAACCUUGUCGAAAUAGCUACUCCAGAAGAUAAAAUUUUGACAUAGAUUUUGCUUCCGACUGUGGUUACACGGCCAUGGCAGGCUUUCAUCGAUUUGGGUUUAUCUAUGGUGACUUUCACGGCUAGCAGUGGACAUCAGAUGCAGUCGCGGAUUCCAUAGGUCAUCAAGAAAUAGUCUUGUAGCACUUGAGAUGACAAACUAAGAUACUGAUCUAAAUUGUGUAAUCUUUUCUUAAAACCCUUCUACUCUGCA